UUCCCAGUCCGGUUCAUUGGAUUAGCACCAUGCUGAAGUUCGUGAUCUUGUUGUCGGCCGUUGCCUGCGCCCUGGGAGCCACCGUCCCCGAGGGUCUCCUGCCCCAGCUGGAUGGCCGUAUCGUUGGAGGUACCGCUACCACCAUCUCCAGCUUCCCCUGGCAGAUCUCCCUGCAGCGCAGUGGCAGCCACUCCUGCGGUGGCUCCAUCUACUCCGCUAACAUCAUUGUGACCGCCGCUCACUGCCUGCAGUCCGUUUCCGCCUCCUCCCUGAAGGUCCGUGCUGGAUCCACCUACUGGAACUCCGGUGGCACCCUGGUCAGUGUGUCCGCCUUCAAGAACAACGAGAACUACAACGCCAACACCAUGGUCAACGACAUCGCCGUCAUUCGUCUGUCUUCUUCUCUGAGCUUGAGCUCCACCAUCAAGGCUAUUGGUCUGGCUAGCUCCGCUCCUGCCAACGGUGCUGCUGCCUCCGUCUCUGGCUGGGGUACUCAGUCCUACGGAUCCAGCUCCAUCCCCACUACCUUGCAGUACGUCAACGUGAACAUUGUUAGCGAGUCGCAGUGCGCUUCGUCUACCUACGGAUAUGGCAGCCAGAUCAAGAGCACCAUGAUCUGUGCCGCUUCCAGUGGAAAGGAUGCUUGCCAGGGUGACUCUGGUGGCCCUCUGGUCUCUGGUGGAGUUCUCGUCGGUGUUGUGUCCUGGGGAUACGGAUGCGCUUACUCCAACUACCCCGGAGUCUACGCCGAUGUUGCCGCUCUCCGCUCCUGGGUGGUCAGCGCUGCUGGCAGUGUCUAAGACAGAUGGCAAGGCCUUCAGAAUUUUGCAAUAAAUACGAUUGAAAAAUGA